CCGCCUGGCGUUGCACUCUCCGACUGCGGGGUCGUUCUCUCCUUCAGGGAUGUUCUCCCUCUCCAGCGUGUACUCGCCUUCGCUCUGUUCUUCUUCGCGGUCACUCUCGACUAACGGACGGACAACGCCUUCGACUAAGAUGUGGACGACGCCGUCGACCUCACACGCGAUCGACUUCCCCGAGGUGCCGGCGUCGAUCGCUGCGCGGAUCCGACGAGAGCCCUUCCCCAUGAACGUCUGAACUUUGAGCACAGUCGGAUAACAGUUUGGACUCCCUAAAUGCGGCCCUGCUGCGGGAGCUCCCAGCGCAAUAAGGGCUGUGCGGGGGUUCAAGUAGGGCGCGAGGGUUUGAGCGGCUGGGCUCUAUCUGUUUUGCGUAGUGCUUGUCGGGCGUCG